AUGCCGAUGGGACACACGCUCUGCCUGCUGCUGUUGGGCCUGCCGAGCGUGGCAGCAGGCGGCACCAGGGAGUCCAACCCAGCCUGCAGCCUCCCGGAGCACACUUUGCCGGGCAUGACCAGGCAGGGGGAUGUCCUGAUAGGUGGGAUAUUCCCUCUUCACCGCACCCGAGACUCCGUGGAUCUGAGCUUGGCCACUGAGCCGCUCCCCUUGUCUUGUGACGACCGGUUCGACCUGCGGAGUUACCGGUGGCUUCAAGCCAUGAAGUUUGCCGUAGAGGAGAUCAAUGCCGAUGAACAUCUGCUGUCCUCGCUCAAGCUGGGUUAUUCUAUGUACGACACCUGUGACAGCGUCACCAAGGCAGUAGAGGAGAUGUUUGCUCUGGUAACUGGACAGGACACCUACGUGCCCAACUAUAGGUGCCAGAUGAACAUGUCUUUAGCAGCAGUGAUAGGAGAGUCAUCCUCUACCAUCUCCAUGGUGAUGGCCAGGAUUCUGGGAAUUUAUCAGUAUCCUCAGAUCAGCUACUUUUCCUCCAUCCCUGUCCUGAGUAAUAAACACGAGUUCCCCUCCUUCCUCCGGACCAUUCCCAGCGACAAUUUCCAGUCCAAAGCUUUUGCCUACGUGGUCCGAUAUUUCGGAUGGAAGUGGGUGGGAACCCUAGCUGAAGACAUCGCCUACGGCAUUCAGGGAGUGCAACUCUUCACCGAGAAAGUGAAAGAAUUUGGCACGUGCAUCGCCUUCUCCGAGAGAAUCCCAGUUGUCUACUCCCGGGAAAGGUACGUCCGAGUCGUGGAGGUCAUCAAGAACUCUCGAGCAAAGGUGAUAGUCGUGUUCUCCGGAGAGACCAAUAUGAUCCCCUUGGUGGAGGAGGUUGCCAGGCAGAACAUGACCGGAAUUACCUGGCUUGCGAGCGAGGCCUGGAGCACGACUACCUACAUCGUUGCCAAAGACCAAUCCGCAUACUUCAGCGGGACUCUGGGGUUCGCCAUUCCCACGUGCACAAUCCCAGGCUUUGAUUCCUUUUUAGCUAGGCUGCAGCCUCUAAGCAGUGCAGGAGAUAUUUAUGUAAAGGAGUUCUGGGCCAACUUUUUUGGCUGCACCUGGGCCUCAGCGGCCGAAGGGGCGAGUCGUGCAGGCAGGCCUCUCUGCACUGGGAAGGAAAGACCCUCGACAGUUGGCAACAUCUUCUUUGAUACCGCGAAUCUCAGGAUCACUUGCAAUGUAUACAGUGCAGUAUAUGCAGUCGCUCACGCCCUGCACAACCUGCUGUCUUGUCAAGAGGGCAGAGGCCCGUUCAGGAAUGGGACCUGCGCAAAGGCUCGUGACUUCGAACCCUGGCAGCUGUUACACUAUAUGAAGAAUGUGCAGUUUGUUGACCGAACAGGACGGAAACUGUAUUUUGAUGAAAAUGGGGACACUGUGCCCAAGUAUGAUAUUAUCAACUGGCAGCAGGAGGCUGAUGGCUCUAUAGUGGUGAGGAGAGUGGGUUGGUAUGAUGGCAGCCAAAAGGGACAGGAGCUCCGGAUUGAUCAAGCCUCCAUCAUCUGGAAUGGAAACAAGAGAGAGCUCCCAGUCUCAGUCUGCAGUCAGAGCUGCCCUCCUGGUACAAGACAGAGCAUGAAGCAAGGAGAGCCCAUCUGCUGCUUUGAUUGUGUGGAAUGCCGUGAUGGGGAGAUCUCUAAUGGGACAGAUUUUACAGAAUGCAUCAAGUGCCCUGCGGACUACUGGUCCAACGAGAAGAGGGACGAGUGUGUGCCGAGACAGAUGGAGUUCCUGGAGUUCAGAGAGCCGCUGGGGAUCGUGCUGACCGUCCUGGCUGUGCUCGGUGCUGUGCUGGCGGUUUCCAUCACUGGGGCCUUCGUGAAGCACAGGGACACUCCACUGGUCCGGGCCAACAACCGGGAGCUCAGCUUCCUGCUCCUCGGCUCGCUGGCCCUUUGCUUCCUCUGCGCCUUGACCUUCAUCGGGGAGCCCAGCGGAGGCGUGUGCGUCCUCCGCCAAGUGGGGUUCGCCGUGGGUUUCGUGCUCUGCAUAUCUUGCAUCCUGGUGAAGACCAUCGUGGUGCUGCUGGCCUUCAGGAUGACCGCGCCCAACCGGAACGUCAUGAAACGCUUCAGGCCUGUGCAUCAGCGGGCUGUCGUGAUGGUGACCACUUGCGUCCAGAUUGCGAUCUGUGUGGGUUUUCUCCUGUCCUCCCCGCCGUCUGUUCACAAAAACAGAGAAGCCGUGAUUCCCAAGAUCUUUGUGGAGUGUGACGCAGGCUCUCCGUUAGCUUUAUUCUGUGUCCUGGCUUAUACGGGAUUCUUGGCUGUUAUUAACUUUGGUUUAGCUUUCCUCGCAAGAAAUUUGCCGGACAAUUUCAACGAAGCUAAAUUCAUCACUUUCAGCCUGCUGGUGUUUGUAGUAGUAUGGAUCACUUUUAUUCCAGCCUAUAUCAGCACCAAAGGGAAGUACCUUACAGCUGUGGAAAUAUUCGCUAUUCUGUCCUCCAGCUUCGGGCUCCUGGUCUGUAUUUUCUUUCCAAAGUGUUAUGUCAUUUUGAUCAGGCCAGAGCUCAAUACCAAGAAUAAACUCAUCGGGCGGGACAGCAAGGGUGGAUUUUAAAAUGUCUUUUUUCAAGGUUGACCGACGGUAUACUCCUGAAAUAGCACUCAUCUUUAGAAGCCCAGACUUUUUGUACAGUGACCCGAAAUGCUUUUAUUUCUUUUUUUAAAUGCCAUUGUACAGCAGAUACAUACUGUGAGCAAUUUUGUUUUCCCAGCUACAAAAAAAAAGA